AUGAAGGAAAAGAGAAAGGAGUUCUUGAACUGGAUAUACCAAAAUCAGGAUUCCAAACUUUGUCAAAUUCUGAGAAAGGAAAUUGGAAAAGAUGAUGGCAUUGUCAUCAUUCUAACAAUAAUGACAGAAAAAUUUUAUCAAUUUACAACGAAAUACGCAUUAAUUUAUAUCAAAUUAUCAAUUUCGGACUUAGAAAACAAUUUCCUUUCCUUUCUACUGUGCCGAUCCGGAAGGUCAGAUGCUUAUUUGGAAAAGAUAGUUGCAAAGAAAGAGGAUAAGAAGAUAAGAGAAUUUGUCAAAAGAUUUGAUUUGAAUUUUGCGGGAUUUGGAGCGAGUGGAAAGAGAAAGUAA